CACAGAUACGAAAUCGUCGGUACCCCUUCGAGUAAUCCGGGGUAUGAAAGAAUGAACCAUCCUGGCAAUGUUCGAGAACAGCUUCACAUGGACAAGCAGCAGCUGCAGCACUUGAAUAGUGGCCAUCUCAAUACCACCGACGGGACCAACAGCGAUCAUCCCGGGCAGCUGCCGUCAUCGCAGCACCCAGCAAAUCGCCACCACCACCAGCACAACCAACAUCAACACCAGCAGUCAUCGUCCCCACUGCCUUCUCAUGUGUACUCGACGUCUCAAACAACAUGGACGGCCCAAGAGCUGCAUCUCCUCCACAAAGGCUUGACGGCGUUCCCGUCCGAACGCUACGACAGCAUCACACGUUGCAUCAAGGUCGCGUCGACAAUUCCAGACAAGUGCAUUCGAGACGUCGCGUGCAAGAUCCGAAGCAUUCACACGUCUCAAGCAAAGCAGGCCAUGCACCACGACCAGCGGGCGAUGUCGCCCAUGCCGCCACUAUCGUCGUCCAAGCGGCAAAAGCUCGACAACAACGACUUGCACAUGGUGCCUCUCACGAUCAAGAAGGAACCGGUGCUAUCCCACGAAGACGCGGUCCGAAAAGGCCUUCAGGAGAAUGACCACACGCUGCAUUCGAUGCGGGCCAACUUGGCGUCGGGUCAGUUGCGAAGCAACCUCGAGCUCAUGGCGCACUUCCGGGGAACUUGCAACGCCGUGCUCAAACGACUUGGCGCCAUGUGCCCCGCGGUGCCGCCACUUCCACUACACCUGGACAUGUCGUUGCUGCAAUCUCAUCCCACACCGCCGGCGUCAUCACACAACAACCAAGACGACGUAUAGCUUGUUUGGGAACGGACGUUUAUAGAGAUACAUUGUGUAUGUAUGUACUGGGCAUCCUCUUUAAGGUGUACCUUGUCACAGAAUUGAAUUCAAAGUGCAUACUCGUGACUGCGAUGCACCUGCUACUA